CCAAGUUUAACCCAUUCAUCAUCUCUCUCUCUCUCUCUCUCUCUCUCUCUCUCUCUCUCUCACCCUAAGCUCUCGAUCUAUUUCUCCCUCUUCUCCACAAAGUCCAUCCCCAAAACGAAGUCACACGCAAUGGCGUCGAAAUCCAGGGGCGAUAACCCACACUCAGGCAAUGGUGCUAGUCCUGGAAAGAUUUUCAUCGGAGGAUUGCACAAAGAAACGAGCUUUGGGAUGUUUAGGAACCACUUUGAGAAAUAUGGAGAGAUAACAGAUGCUGUAAUAAUGAGAGAUCGGUACACUAAUCAGCCCAGGGGUUUUGGGUUUGUCACCUAUGCUGAUCCUUCAGUGGUUGACAAGGUUAUUGAAGACACCCAUAUCAUCAAUGGAAAACAGGUUGAGAUUAAGAGGACCAUUCCGAAAGGCCAAGGGCAGUCAAAAGAUUUCAAAACAAAGAAGAUAUUUGUUGGUGGUAUUCCAUCAUCAGUCACUGAAGAGGAGUUCAAGAAUUUCUUCUCCAAGUAUGGGGAAGUGGUGGAACACCAGAUCAUACGUGAUCAUGAAACCCAGCGAUCUCGAGGCUUUGGAUUCAUAAUUUUUGACAGUGAUGAAGUUGUAGAUGAAAUAUUAUCGAAUGGAAAUAUGAUUGAAAUGGCGGGUACCCAGGUGGAGAUCAAGAAAGCUGAACCAAAGAAAUCCUCAAACCCACCACCUGCUCCUGCAUAUGGUAGCAACUCUAGGUCUCGUUCUUUUAAUGAUGGCUACAGUGGUUUUGGCGGUUCUUAUGGAGGUUUCGAUGGAGGGUUUGGUCCUGGUCCCUACAGGACAGCAGGUCUUGGCAGUAGACUUGGUGGUGGAUAUGGCUAUGGUGGUGGUAGUGGUGAAUUUGGGGGUGGUUAUGGGGGUUUUGGAUCCAGUAGCUUAGGUGGCUACCGAAGUGAGUCUUCCCUUGGUUAUUCUAGUCGCUUUGGACCCUAUGGUGGUGGUUUUGGGGGCAGUUAUGGAAGUGGGUUAGGUGGAUAUGGCCAAGGGGGUGAAGGCUACGGAGGUUACGGAAGUUCAGGCUAUGGUGCUGGUUAUGACUCUGGGCCUGGUUCUAGUUACAGUGGAGCAGGUGGGCUGUAUGGAAGGGGGGGAGGCUACAGUGGCAGUAGCCGGUACCACCCCUAUGGAAGGUAGAGUUGAAAGGCAGUAGUCAGUACCCUCCUUGUGGGAGGUAGAAAUGAAGUGUCUUCGAUGCAGUUGCUUAAGCUUUGUCAUAGAAGUUUUUCACUGGCUCCUCUAGUUUUGUUCCUCAUGCAUUGAUAGACACUUUCUCACAACUACUAGAGGUCUCCUUCUACUGCUAGAGGGGAAGCUUUAAAAGAUCGGAAGAGUUCUGCUAGACUUUCCUCUAUUGUAUGGGUUAGAGAAACUAAUAGAAUGAUUUGGAUGAGUCCUCCCCCAUCUACUAUUAAAAAGUCAUGUUUUAGUCUAAUUUCAUUUUAGCAUGUUAUGUAGAUUGUUAGACUAUAGCCAUCUUAUGGGGUGUUUGUUAUAAUCUAUACUUUAGUUCGAUCUAGAUAGGCAUUCUUAUGGUUGUUUAUACGUGUGUAUCCUCUUAUUUUUACAUUAGCAUUGGGGCACCUUUUAGUGUUCAACGCAGAAGAAAUAUUUUCCUCGA